UAUCACUCAACAUAGUUUACAGUUUAUGUGUAUUAAACCCAUGUCCAAUAGGCAGUCUGACCUUGAUAAUUCAAGAAUAUACAGGAUAAGGUUAAAAUCUUCGAUGAUGAGCAAUAACAGUGACGAUGAAGCAGAACAUUUCACAAAAGAAUCCCACCUUCAGAAUAUUCUAUUUGCUUGUUAUUACCUUGUGGUUUUUAUUGUAGCCUUCCCUGGCAACACCAUGGCAUUGUGGGUUUUUAUCUCCAAAAGUGAAAAUAAAACUUUUACUGUCUUUCUGAGGAACCUGGCAAUAGCUGACAUCUCCUACGUGUUAAUACUACCAGUGCGUAUCAUCUACCACCUGAACAGCAAACACUGGCCAUUUGGUGAAACCCUAUGUCGUUUAAUGGGGUUUCUUUUUUAUCUCAACAUGUACUGUAGCCUGUACUUCAUGACCUGCAUAAGCCUGGAUCGCUUGCUUGCAAUUGUGUUUCCAGUCAAGUCCAUUAAUGUGCGGAAGCUCAAGAAUGCCCACAUAAUAAGUUGCAUCCUAUGGGUUGCCCUUACUGUUUCAUUGCUCCCCUUGCUUUUUUCACCUCAAACAGUACACAUGGAUAACACUACAGUGUGCCUCCAGCUUUACCGGGAACAGCCAUCCAGACGAGCCCUUGGGUCUCUCAGUGUUGCCUUUAUUAUUCCUCUCAUCACAACAGUGUUUUCUCAUUUGCUUAUCAUGCACAGGCUGUGUAAAAGAGAUCAAGUCACAAAGUCAAUUAAGGACAAAGCCAUAAAGAUGAUCAUACUGGUGAUGAUAGAUUUCUUUGUGUGUUUUGUUCCAUAUCAUGUUAACCGGUUUGUUUAUAUCCAUGCAUUUAGUAGCAGCGUGUCCUCUGAAAUGAAAAACACACUCUCCCUCAGCAAUCGCAUCACUUCUGCUCUGACCAGCCUCAAUGGGGCUCUGAAUCCUAUUUUGUACUUCUUUCUUACACAAAAAUUCAGAAAAACAUUACUAAAUCUACUCGGCAGAGAUGAAUACAGAGAUAGCACCACUGGUUACGUUCCCCCAUCAAGAGGUUCCAAGUACUAG